UACUCUGCGGGGCGUUGCCGUGGUCUUGCCUCCGCCGCCUGCUCGGAGCCAGAUGCCGCCCCCUUCGCGGGUCCCACCCACGGCGGUCUGGCGCCUCCCUCCCUCCCCGCCGCGGUGACUCACGGAGCAGGAGGCGGAGGCUGAGGUGGCCGCUCCCGCUGCUGCUGCUGCUGCUCCUGCUGCUGCUGCCGCCGCCGCGGCUGUUUGGGGUGAUCGCGCCCCGGAACAGGCCGCCGCGCGCCGUGCACGGCCCCGCAGCCCCCGCCGGCCCGGCCGGGUCGGGCGGCCCAGGAAUCUCUAUUUUGGGUGAGCUAUUCUUUUUUGGACGUGGAAGUUUUUAUGAUCGAGUAUCUUUCUGGCAGACACAUGACUUUUCUAGAAGCAGGGCCGCACCCUCCUAUUUCUCCCCGGCCUCAGCCCGCCCGUCACGGUUGAGCACCUGUCCUCCUGAAGCUGAUUUCCACAAGCAGGAUCCCAGAGCUGGCCAGGGGAUGAACCGCGAGGGGGCUCCCGGGAAGAGUCCGGAGGAGAUGUACAUUCAGCAGAAGGUCCGGGUGCUGCUCAUGCUGAGGAAGAUGGGGUCAAACCUGACGGCCAGCGAGGAGGAGUUCCUGCGCACCUACGCGGGGGUCGUCAACAGCCAGCUGAGCCAGCUGCCACAGCACUCCAUCGACCAGGGCGCAGAAGACGUGGUGAUGGCGUUUUCCAGGUCGGAGACAGAGGACCGGAGGCAGUAGCGACGGACCCCUUGGAACACCCUGAAAGCUGGCAAGGGCCAAGAGAUCUGCGUGGACCUCGUCCAGCUGAGCGGCAGCAAGCAGGUCACCUUCCCCACCCUCGGCACCCCACCCACCCCGCCCCACGGCCACUCAGCAGGGCCGCAUGGAGGAAAACUCCAGUGGUGUGGCUCUCAUUGGCUUAAAGGGACGGACUCACGAUUGGCUUCAGGAAGAAACCCUUUUAUUUUUAAAUCUUGACCAACGGAAACCUUUUAUUUUUAUUUCUGACUCUUUUUUUUUUUUUAAUUUGCUCUUCGGUAUAUGGCUUCCCAAGAAGCUCUCUGAGCUCCGGUGCUUUAUUUGGGUCACUUUUUGGGAGCGUGAAGAUGUCGGAUUGGCUGGCUGAUGGGAAACAGUGUUUUUCUUUGAUUGGCUGCAGGUGUUCUGCUGAUGGCACCAGCUUCUCUCUUUCGAAUGCUGAAAACAGGGUUUGGGACAUUGGUUGUUAUAUUUGACUUGGAAAAAAAAGAAAGAAACCAAGUGCGCUUUGCAAUAUUUAUUACACAGAGCUUGCUGCUUUUACAUGUUUUGUGUUUGCAUUCGAUUGGCUUUCGGUAGGUGUUUGGUUUCCCAUCGGCUCACCCAUGACCCCCCCCGCCCGUUGCCAUGGCCUCUGCGGCCGGGUCCACCUGGACAGUGCGUUUGCGUUAAUGGCCACACCUGGGUCUGCCAGCAAGGGGGCCUCGAGGACCCCGAGCAGGAUGCAUAGCUGGAAAACGGGGCCCCCAGGAGAUCUGCGUGGUUGUGAAGGAGCGGUCUGGGGCUUAGAGGUGACCAACUGUUAGCCGGGAUUUAUAUGCAUCACUUCCAGGAGCCGGCAGCCAGCCAGCUUCCCUGGCCGGGAUGGAACUGCCCCUCCAGCCCGCCCGUGCUGAGCCGAGGCGAACGGCGCUGGGCAGCUCUGCUCUGUCGCCGUUCCUGCUGUAUCCCACUUCCCGAGGCCUUGUCUGGGGGCUGCUCCUCCUGCACAGGGUAGGAGCUGCUCCCCCAGCUGCAAUACCCCACCAUGUAGCACAGGUCUCUGCCAAGGGGUCCGGAACCCACCCACCCACAGACCCCAGCUGGGCUCACAAAGCCAGCGAGUGCUUUGACCCCAAAUGCCACCCUCCUACCCCCCAGCAAGGCUCCAGAGGCAUCUGCUACUGGGACUGCAGGUCCCGGCCAGCACAUGGGCUCUCUCAUCGGGGCCUGAACCUCCCGCUGCUCUGCCCUCCAAAGGGUCUCUCCACGUCAGCCCGGAAGGGACAGCGACAGUGUUCAUCUACAGAGCGCUUCCUUGAGCCAGGCCUACCAGGCUGGCAUUCCAGCCCAGCCUGAGAAACACCUUGCAGAGCCCUGUCUUUGAAUGGCUGCGGGCACCCCAAGUCUUCCUACCUGCCCUCCCUCCCCCGGGGGGGCAGCCACCCUUCUCCCUCAUCUCUCACAGGGGUGGCAUCUGGGUGCCAAGGCAGAGGGAGAUGCUGGCCUCAGAGAGGGAAGCCUUCGCCCCCCCCCCCCCCCCACCGCCCCAGGCAGAUGCCCAUUCCUGCCCUCAGGACCCAGAAGCAAGAGAAGACUCUCAGAGCUAAACACGCCCCUUCUCCAGUCUCCGGCCUCUGCAGAGCACAGGGGCUGACUGUCACAAUGCCCCAGGUGUGAUCCCUGGAGAGCCCUGUGGUCCAUGGGAGGGUCACACUGUGCUGAAACUCACCCAGAAGGAGGACUCGAGUGUGGGGGCCUGGACCCCGUGUCCCAUGCUCCUCCGUGUACAGUCCCCUGGCCCUGGUGGCUGACUGUUAACUUCAAAGGCUGUUGGUCCCCAGGGGACAAGGACUGUGGGGACCCCAGUAGGGGCCUCAGAGCAUCUUAUCCCAGGGGCCAGUGUGUGCACACAUGUACAGGUGUGAGCACACACACUUACAAAUACACUCACGCUCAGCUCGGUGCCCCGCAGCUCCGAGCGGAGCUCCCAGCAGAGCCCCUGGGGAAAGGUGUGUCUCUCGGUCCCCUCCCUCCGGGUUGCAGUGUCUGUUGUCAGGUGUAGACGCCAGUGUCGCUGGCUGCCCCUCUCUUUGUACCUGUUGCUCCCGUCCAGGGUCCGUGCCAUGGCCCAUGCUGUGUUCUCUGCCCCAGCCUGUCCUUGUCAAGGUCAUGGCCCCCCUCUUGUAACAGUGGUGGCCCACUCUGUCUCAUCUUCUGAAGGGGAAAAGUGAAAGUGUGGCUGUGGUUUCCUAUUUCAACUAAAAACCUAUGUCUGUUGGAGAAGAAAAUUAGCAAUAAAGAUUUUUAAUAGC